UAUAAACCUAACAAGAACAGUUGAUGCCAGCAGCUCUGGCGACCCUUAACAACCCAACAACAACAACAACACGCAGGUGUUUUUCUACUUUUAUUGCUAAUUGUGUCUUCAAGAUGACUGAUAAAGUAGAGAAGAUCCUUGUGUGUGGAGACGUUCUUGGUAAUUUCAAGCAACUUUUCAAACGUGUUCAAAACGUGAAUGAAAAGAGUGGGCCAUUUUCCAUGCUGCUGUGUGUGGGAGACUUCUUUGGUCCUGACAACUCCCAGUGGGAUCACUAUAAAAAUGGUGAUGUGAAAGUUCCUGUUGCAACUUACGUCUUAGGGCCCAGUCGUUUUGGCAGCACCAGCAACUAUCCUGACAUGAAAGGUUGCGAACUCUGUGAAAAUGUCAUUAUUUAG